UUGUUGGGGAAUCCAUUAUCACCUACCUUGUCCGUCAAUCACGUUCAUAGCAUCAAAUCAGUAUCUACCUUAACAUCCGUCGACAUCUUCCCACGUCCACCGAACUGAUCACCAAAACAAUAUCGACACCACACCACACACCAAACGACACCAACAAUGGCUGGCUCAGCUCUCCGCAAGGGCUACCUAGUCCUUUACAAUGCCGCCUCGGCCGUCGCCUGGGCCACGAUCCUCGGCCGCGUCGCGUCCGUCUACUUUGCCAAGGGCGCGCCCUUUGUACCGCUGGUCGUCGAUGACUUUGCUCGUGUUACGCAGACCUUUGCUGUCAUGGAGAUCUUCCAUGCUCUUACCGGCAUUGUCCCCGCCCCAAUUUUCACCACCGUCAUGCAAGUCGCCUCGCGCCUGAUGCUCGUCUGGGGCAUAUCGUACCCCUUCCCGCACCUCAACAGUUCGGUCUGGUACACCUCCAUGUUGACGGCCUGGUCCACUACCGAGGUGAUCCGGUACAGCUACUUUGCGCUCAAGCAGGUCGACUUCAUUCCUUACUGGCUGCACUGGCUGCGGUACAGCGCCUUCCUGGUGCUGUACCCAAUGGGCAUCAGCUCCGAGGUGGCCAUGAUCUUCAAGGCGCUCGUGGGUCCGGCCGAUCAGCUCGCGACUUGGUACCCUUAUGCGCUGGUUGCUGUGCUGUUGUCGUAUAUCCCUGGCUCGGUGGUGCUGUAUAGCCAUAUGUUGAGCCAGAGGAGGAAGCAGGUUGGUGGUGGUGCUAUCAAGGAGAAGAAGGAGAAGAAGAGGCAGUGAGGGGUUACAGACUUCUAGACUAGGCCGUGGUUGUUGUAAAGAGGAGGGGUUGGCGUGCGACGUAUGCUCACAGCCUACCCGCCCCUGCUGUUGAAGUGUCGUGGUCACGGUGAAUGAUUUUUACAAGCCACUUCGGCUGUGGAUUCU